GAGGGAGGAGCAGGCUCCAUGGAGGGAGCCUGAUGUGGGACUCGAUCCGAGGUCUCCAGGAUCACGCCCUGGGCUGAAGGCGGCGGUGCUAAACUGCUGAGCCACCUGGGCUGCCUGGCAGCUGGUUCCCUAAGGCGGCCUGGCUGGCCUGCUUUCCCAUGGGGAUCUCCACAAGCAGCAGCAGCUGUGCGGCCAGGAAGGUGGGAGGGGGCCCUUCUAAGCAGAGUCUGCCCUGAAGCCCUAAGGUGUCAGCUGUCUCCACCAUCACCUAGAUUAUGAAAUGCCCUGGGGCAGGGCCCUCCUGAGUCACAGGCUCACUCACUCUCAGAGAAGCAGCCCUGAGCUCUCCUCCAGGAGAGGAACCGUCUUGGGAGAGGAAGGGACGUGUCAAUCCAGCUGAGCAUGGGGCUGUGUCUGGGACCCAACCUCCUGAGGCCCAGCAUGUGCUUUAACCAGGCGGCCAUGAGGGACUCAGCCACAGGAAGAAGGGGCUGAGAGCCCACUCACGUGGGAAAGUCAAGGGGAGCACUUCUGGAGGAGCUAGAAGGCAGAGUUUGACCGCGGACUUUGUGUUUUCCUCUGGCUUCUGUAGAAAGGCCCUGGGAAUGCCCCUGGGAGUGACAUUCUGGUUGGUGAGGUCAGUCCCCUCAAGCCUGGCCUGGGAGUUUCCCAUCUUCCUCCCUGGCUUCGUCCCUCUGCAGGGGCCUGUGGAAGCCAUCGAAGGGUAGUAAGAUCUAGACAAGACCUCUGCAGUGUCUUGGUCAAGAUGUACUUCUCCAGCCUUCCAUCCCUCGUCUGUGAAAUGGAGGCAGGGUGCUGACCGGGGGCUGCAGUUCUGUGGUUUUGGGGGGCAGGGGUUGGCUAUGGAAGAAUGGAAGGAGAGAAGGAAGAAGCAGGGCCUCUCCAAGGGCCUUGGGAGUGUCCUGUGGGGCUGGAUAAAGAACAGAAAUUUGGCCUCUCUGAGGAGAGCAAGAUGGGAAGAGACAGCUGGGGACCUCUCAACAGAGAGGGGACCUUACAUAAGCGAAUGCACACCAUAUGCAAAUGAAGGCUUUUGUUAGGGAGUUGGAGGUGCCCUGCAUCAGCUGGGCGAGCCCAGAAGAUUGGCAGGCCCUUGAGGGGGGGGAGUCUUCUGCCCCCAGAGGCCAGGGCAGAGGCUGGUUCUUGCCCCAGAAGCCUCAGCUGCCUCGGCAGUGCUGCCGGGUGGGAGAAGCAGUGAGCUCAUGGCACAGCUGGAGGGGGGAGGGCAUUGUGUGGUGAGAACUGGCUGGGUCUGUGCCCUGUCCUGCUCGGCCACUGGCUCCAUUGUCUGGAGUCCCCUGGUCCAGGUGACACAGCGGAGCCAAGCAGCCCUCAUAAGGAGGUGGACGUGUGGUCUCAGAACCCUUAGCUGGAAGACCCGAGGACCCGGCCCAGAGCGGAUGAGGGUGGGAAAUGCCGGAGGGACAUGGAGGUGCAGCUGAAGCCAAGGAGAGAAAGCAGCUGGACCUCGCUCUGCCCGCGGGCGGCUCACCUCUGGCCUGCCAGAAAUGGGAUGUUUCUGGGUUCUGAGGCAAAGCCAGGAGUCCAGGGCUCUGCCCGGGAGGUGCUGGUCCCCGAGGGGCCCCUGUACCGCGUGGCAGGCACGGCCAUCUCCAUCUCCUGCAACGUGAGCGGCUACGAGGGCCCGUCCCAACAGGACUUCGAGUGGUUCCUCUACAGGCCGGAGGCCCCCGAGGCUGCUCUGGGCAUCGUCAGCACCAGGGAUACCCACUUCUCCUACGCCGUUUUCGGGCCCCGCGUGGCCGCUGGUGAAGUGCAGGUACAGCGUCUGCAGGGGGACGCUGUGCUGCUCAAGAUUGCCCGCCUCCAGGCACAGGACGCUGGCAUUUACGAGUGCUACACGCCCUCCACUGACGCCCGCUACCUGGGCAGCUACAGCGGCAAGGUGGAGCUGAGAGUUCUUCCAGAUGCGCUGCAGGUGUCAGCGGCCAGCCCCCCGGGGCCCCGAGGCCGCCAGGCCCCAGCCUCACCCCCCCGCCUGACCGUGCACGAGGGGCAGGAGCUGGCCCUGGGCUGCCUGGCGCGGACGAGCACGCAGCAGCACACGCACCUGGCGGUGUCCUUUGGGAGGGCCGUGCCCGAGGCGCCAGUGGGGCGUGCAACUCUGCAGGAGGUGGUGGGGCUCCGGCCGGACUUGGCCGUGGAGGCUGGGGCUCCCUAUGCCGAGCGGCUGGCUGCGGGGGAGCUGCGGCUGGCCAAGGAGGGGGCCGAGCGGUACCGCAUGGUGGUGGGGGGCGCCCAGGCGGAGGACGCGGGCACCUACCACUGCACGGCUGCCGAGUGGAUUCAGGAUCCGGACGGCAGCUGGGCCCAGAUCGCGGAGAAGAGAGCAGUGCUGGCGCACGUGGAUGUGCAGACUCUGUCCAGCCAGCUGGCGGUGGCCGUGGGGCCGGGGGAACGACGGAUCGGCCCAGGGGAACCCUUGGAACUGCUGUGCAACGUGUCGGGGGCCCUGCCGCCCGCCGGCCGUCAUGCGGCGUACUCCGUGGGCUGGGAGAUGGCCCCCGCGGGGGCCCCGGGGCCCGGCCGCCUGGUCGCCCAGCUGGACACGGAGGGCGUGGGCAGCCUGGGCCCCGGCUACGAGGGCCGGCACAUCGCCAUGGAGAAGGUGGCGUCCAGAACCUACCGCCUCCGGCUGGAGGCCGCCAGGCCAGGUGACGCGGGGACCUACCGCUGCCUCGCCAAGGCCUACGUCCGGGGCUCCGGGGCUCGGCUUCGAGAAGCUGCCAGCGCCCGCUCCCGGCCGCUGCCUGUGCACGUGCGGGAGGAAGGGGUGGUGCUGGAGGCCGUGGCGUGGCUGGCGGGAGGCACCGUGUACCGCGGGGAGACGGCCUCUCUGCUCUGCAACAUCUCGGUGCGCGGCGGCCCCCCGGGGCUGCGGCUGGCGGCCAGCUGGUGGGUGGAGCGGCCGGGGGACGGCGAGCUGAGCCCCGGGCCCGCGCAGCUGGUGGGCGGCGUGGCCCAGGACGGGGUGGCGGAGCUGGGGGUCCGGCCCGGAGGAGGCCCCGUGAGCGUGGAGCUGGUGGGGCCCCGAAGCCAUCGGCUGCGGCUGCACGGCCUGGGGCCCGAGGACGGAGGCGUGUAUCACUGUGCCCCCAGCGCCUGGGUGCAGCACGCCGACCGCAGCUGGUACCAGGCGGGCAGUGCCCGCUCGGGGCCCGUCACGGUGUACCCCUACACUCACGCCCUGGACACCCUGUUCGUGCCCCUGCUGGUGGGCGCGGGGGUCGCCCUAGUCACCGGCGCCACUGUCCUCGGCACCAUCACCUGCUGCUUCAUGAAGAGGCUGAGAAAACGGUGAUCCCUGGCUCCUCAGGCCUUGCAGGUGCCCAGCGUCCUCCGGCCCAGCUCCAAGACAGCCUCCGGUCACCUGGCUGCCCCCCCCACUCCCCUUCCUUUAAUUUAUUUGACCCCUUGCCCCCCACUCCUUCCUUCCCGACCCCCCCUCUGGCCUUCUGUUCUUGAUCUCGGCCCGGCCCAGAGGGAGGCCAUUCCCUGGCCUAGAAUUAGUUUUUCUAAAAUGUGAAUAAACUUGUUUUAUAAAA